AUGGAAUCUCCAGUUAGAAUAAUUUUAGGUGCAGCGUUAGUAGUUAAUAUACUACUUUUAAGCAGCACAAAUGUGAGAGGUCACACACUGAAUCACGAGACGACACCUGCACCAAAUGAUGACAAAAUAAGUACUAACACGACAUGGGUCUCACGAAACAGAUCCAAAUUGCCCAACGUAGCUCUCAACGAACUCCACAAGGAUGCAUCAUCAGAAGAAAAUACAGAGAAAAACGCUAAAUAUAAAGACAGGGGAAGGGUUAAGUUUAACAUACAGUCUAAGUCGUCAACUCAAAGUUCCUUAAGACGCAGACCUUCUACUGUGGCGUCGAAUUUAGUUAUAGUAACUCCAACACCAGAAGUAAAAAAACCUUUGGAGAUUAUAGAUAGUAUGCACAACUAUAAAAAAACAAAGCUACCUUUCUCGAGUACUACUGAAUCUAUCGCAUCUAAAACGGAGUCAGAAGUUGAGGAUCGCGACCAAAAUGGGGAAAUUGACUCGUAUGAACGGUAUACUUCUAGUAAAUUUAGUGAUACCAGUUUUUAUACCUUCCCGACCUAUGGUGAGGGCGAUUUAAUUAAAAAGCAAAAACAACGUUCGACGAGUAAGGAACGAAUUAGAGACUACACAUUAAGUUUUGAGGAUUUCUCAAGCUACCCAGAAAAAACAUAUAAUACUCAUGAUGAUCCAUAUAAAUCUGACAGUUUCUUCGAUUUUGACACUGAGCUAACUACUCCUCGAAGUGAUUUCUUCGACAAAAAAUAUCAUGAAGUAUCAUCGAGCAUUGUGAAAAACUUAGACUCAAUUAAAGCAAAAAUUUCACCACCGCCAAAUGCAACUAACGUCCAAACAUUUGUUGAGAAGCUAAGUAAUGAUACUCCAAGUAACAAAACUAGGCUUAUAAUAAAAAAUACCAAAGAGAUACACCUAAUGGAUAACGACUCUGCUGGAACAGAUACGAAAGGUCUAUCCGAUGUACAUGGGACUAGUAUAUACUAUGAAAUGUCUGUUCUAUCUACAGAAUCAUAUAAUAUUACAGACGAUAGUGAAGAUGAUGACUGUGACAACGAUACAUCACCAUCGGAAACUACACAAAGUACUCCCUUAAAGGAAGAAUUAGCAUCGAUAGCUGCAACACAGCUACCUCUGGUGGAAAUUUCGACGCCGUCAAUACAGCGACAUGAUAAUGAAAUUGGCUCUACUAUUGCGUCAUACUUUUUAUCGGGCACUAUACCUCCCUCUACUUUAAACACAGGUAGUCUAGUGCCUCUAUCAUUUCAAAAUUCAAUUUUUGCCAGUGAAAAGCCAACUCCUCUAACCACAAUGUCGACUAGUGAGAAGCCAAAAACUUCUUUUAUUAGCACUAAUAGAAAUCGUAACUAUUCAAAACGUCUAAAUCUAACAGGAAUGAAAGAAACUGCAAAUAACGUUGUUACACAACGUGAUCAAGUGUCACCAAAUCUUGUAUACAGGCAGAAUACUCGGAGGUUUCAUUACACGACGCCCAAGAUAAAACCAGUAUGGAUGGCACCGAGGCGCAAUACGACGAAGGUUUUGCAAACUCGACCACCCAUCACUAUAUAUUCCGAGCACUUUGAUAUAAAAAAUAAAUAUUCUACCCAAGAACCUACGCCUUUGUCUAAAGUACUUACAACGUCGUCUUCAGAUAUUGAUCCUGUCGUUCAAAGUGACUUUGAAUCUGACACAGGUAAAAGAGUCGUACACUCGCAUUCCUUCGUUGAUAACACAAUUCCAUCACUUUGGAAAAGAGGUUCAACAAAAUAUUCUGCUAUUUCUUCAACGUCAACAACAACGACUUCAACAACCACCACAACUACAACAACAGAAGUGCCAUCGACUAUAGCAACUAGCACGAGUGAUUUAGAAAUACCUCCUACCCUUACUGCAUGGGCUCUAGCGAGCUUAAGAAGUCCGCCGCCACUAGGCAAAUCUGGAAAUGGAACAAGUUCAAUGCCUAAAAAUGAUGAUGAAAAUGAGCUUCAAAACGUGGGAGAAAUAGUUGAAAAGAAACACGCCACGACAAGUUCAACUACAAUCACUUCCUCUACUAUACCAAAUCAAGAUUAUAUUUCAAAGAACAUAACUGAAAUAAUUCAAAAUAAACUACCCUGGAAACCCUUUUUAUCUUCAACAUUAACAUCUGAAAGUGUGAGAAAAGAAAACAUAUCAGAAACAAUUCCAGCUGAAAGUAAAGUGUCUUUGCAAAGUAGAGAAGAAGUUUCUUCUUAUAAGCAUAUAGAUACAAAUGCGCCAUCUGAUAAAGGAGAAAUUGAUGAAUCGCAAUCAUCUUGGGUAGCUUCAACCGUCCAAUUUGGCAACUCUUUACUAACUGAUACAAAUAAGAAAACUUCAAAAGACACAGCACUUCCAUCAGCACAGCCGACAAAAUCAACGGGAUUCGAAUCGAUUACAAAAUUACCUGCUGACAUGACUACACCGUCUGAUGACACCAUCACUGAUCCUGAUGAGCAAAACGAAAUCGCAACUGACCCUUCAAAAGUGACAUCAACAGACUAUGAAAUUACUACAAUAAGAUUCUCGUAUGUACCGACAGAAAAAGUACUUGAUAAUGUGGAAAAUGAACCUACUACCGAUUGGUAUUAUGCAGGACCACUCCGCUCUAAACCUACAACAACGAUAGAAGAUGUCCCGAUUACUACAUAUCGACCUAAGUACUACUCAACAACAAAUGAUGUCGAGAAGACAACUGAUUAUGACACUACAGUUCAAGCUGAAGUUUCUACACAAACUAUCGAACAAAGCACUGAGGAGGAGUCGAAAACAACUACAGCUGAAAUUACCAAGAACAUCACAACAGAUCCAAUAAAAGAGACGGUGACAACCGAAUUGCCUGUUACAACAUUAUCAUCAUCAUCAUCGACGACAACAACAACAACAAUAAAACCAACAACGGAACUAAUAAAAACAACCACACAAGAAGAUCCUACUACAGUGGAAACUACAAGUAUAGUAGUUACCAUAGCUACAGAAAUAAACACUGAUACUACCGAUGUUACUGAAGUUUCAAUGGUAACAUCCUCUGAACUUGCAACUGAAACGCAAAAACCAUCACAAGAGAACAUUGAUUAUAAUGAGGUCAUAACACAAAAUGCAAAAUCACCGGUAACUACGGACACAACAACAAUUGUUGAAACGACAACUGAAAAAAUAGAAGAAAUUAUCACUACCGAAGAGGUUAAACAAACAGAAAUUCCAGAUGUAACUACAAAAGAAUUAAUACAAGAAAUAACUACCGAAUCUACCGAUGAUACUUCGAAAACAGUGAAUGAUUUGGAGGAUCUAACUAGCUAUGGUGGAGAGAUGACCACCGAAGCGUCUUCGAGGGUUCUAGAGGAGGCUGGUUCCGGGGCAGCCAUAGCUAUUGCUGUUAGUACAAUUGGCGUCAUCGCGCUGGUCCUUCUAAUUGGCUUAUUGGUGGUAGUGCGCAGACGAGGGCGCCGCGGUGUGUACGCGCAGCGCUGUACUCCUGUUUCUUUGGAUGCUUAUAGUCUGGACAGCGUCAGCGUUGGUCAUCGGAAGGGCAACCAGAGGCUACGAGCGAGUAAGCGCAGCUACGGCAAUCCAGCUUACGACGAUGAGGUGACAUCCCACCCAAUGAAUUAUGCAGCGCUAGCCAACUUUGCUCUGGACAUGGACUCGAUAACAGCGGAGUUCUCGGAGAUCCCCUCAGUGACCGUGAGGCCAGAGGAGGUGCCUCCAGGCUGCGAGGACAAGAAUCGCUAUUCCAACGUACUGCCUCUGCCAGAAACAAGGGUGCCACUCAAGAGAAUAGGAAACGAUUCCACCACUGAGUACAUCAAUGCUAAUUAUAUUACGGGCCCAGGUAACAUCAAAAACUACUACAUCGCGUGCCAGGCCCCUCUCUCCAACACCGUUGUAGACUUCUGGCGCAUGAUAUGGGAACAAAACUCGCGGCUUGUUGUCAUGCUCACAGAAUACAUGGAGAACGGUGUUGAAAAAUGCUAUGAAUAUCUUCCACCUUCCGAGAUAUCAGACAACCGACGGACCUUCGGCGAGUACCAGAUUAUCCUCAAGAAACGGGAACAGCGUGACAAAUAUGCCAUUUCGUGCGUUCAACUCAUCAACUUGUCCACCAGGACCUGGAGAGAAGUCACACACCUCUGGUACUUCUGGCCGGCCAAGGGCGUGCCGGACGAUUAUGAAUCCGUAAUAGAUUUCCUAUCUGAAAUGAGGAGUUACAUGAAGAUGUCGCAGACAGCUAAGGAAUAUGAUGAAGAAGGCUUGGAAGUGAUCUACGAAGACCAGAACAGAUCCUCAUACAACAACCUAUCGAAGCUCAGGAGUGAUGAAAACAGUUCUGGAAAUGGCAUGAAUGUUUAUUCACCGGCAAAGGCUGAAGAGUUACUGCGAAGGGGUUAUGCUACUAAUGGUACACUGGGACGCAUGAAGACAGCGUCAGAAAUAGAAGGUGUGCGUCCGUGUGUGGUUGUGUGUGCAUCCGGUGCGGGACGAUCAGCAGCGCUGAUUGCAGCAGACAUUUGUUCGCGAGCACUUGCUGCAGGUUCAGCGGACUUACCGCGGGCGGUGCGAGCGCUGCGCACGCAGCGACCUCACUCCAUCUCCAACAGACAUCACUAUAUCUUCCUUUACAAGUUACUCAGUGAAUAUGGGAAUCGAUUAAUGGGAGGUGGAGUGGACACAAUUUAA